UGAAGCGCUCUGUUGCCCUUUCUCUGAUAAACACACUGAAGAAAGAAAGAAAAAGAAAAUCUCGCGUGUGAUGUGUUUUUGUAUCCUCAGUGUUUUCUCUCGUGAGUGUUUUAUUGAGUGUAAACAGAGUCUUGUCUCUGUGUAUUUUAGUGUUGAUGAUGAGAUGGAUGUGAUGUGCUGUAAAUCAGGAACUGAUCAGGGCUUACAGGAUGAGGAAUCUACUGAUCAAACCUCCACAGAGUCUCUGGAUUCUGUCUGGAACGCUGGAGAACAGCAGCGGAUCCUGCAGACCAAACACAAGAUGUGUUCAGUCAAACUCAUCGACUGCACGAACCUCGUGAUGAAGAUCAAAACUGAACCCACAGAAAUUAAAACUAAACCUAAAGAAAUAAAAACUGAACCGUCAGAAGAAGAGGAAGAUCAGACUGAUGAUAAUGUGAACCAAAAAAAGAUAAAAACAGAAGCUACAAAAGCAGAACACACUGAUUGUGAUUUCAUUCCUUCAGAUGAGAUCACUGAUUCGUGUUUGAAUGGAGAACUUACAUCCUCAACACCAAAAGAGGGACUGGCAGCACAAACUCAAGAGAAGAAGAAACUUCAUACAGAAAAGCACAGAGAGAAGAAGAAGCAGUUUCACUGUAAGCAGUGUGACAAGGAUUUUUUUGCAACAACCACUCAUAUAAAGGUUCACAUGAGGACACACAGUGAUGAAAAGCCUUUCUACUGCACUGAAUGUGGCAAAUAUUUCAGUAGCAAACACAGUCUUGAUGUUCAUAAGAGAAUUCACACAGGAGAGAAACCAUACGAGUGUCCUCACUGUGAGAAGAAAUUUAGAGAUGCAUACAGUGUUAAGGCACAUGUGCGUUUACACACCAAUGAGAGACCGUAUCAGUGCAGUGAAUGUGGAAAAACUUUUAGGUUUUCAGGCUCUUUAAAAUCACAUUUAAAAACACACAGUGAGGAGAAACUCUAUCAAUGUUCACACUGUGAUAAACGUUUUAGUCUACAAGGUCUGCUGAAACGCCAUGAGAGAGUUCACACUGGAGAGAAACCUCAUUACUGUAGUGCCUGUGGGAAGUGUUUUAGGAGGCACGAACAUUUACUAAAGCACCAGAGAACUCAUACAGGUGAAAAACCUUUUAAAUGCUCUCAUUGUGAAAAGACGUUUGCUCGAUCAGAUGUCCUGAAGACCCAUCAGAGAGUUCACACUGGAGAGAAACCUUAUCACUGUGGUGUCUGUGAGAAGAGUUUUAGUCAACAGUCAAACUUUCUAAUGCACCAGAGAAUUCAUACAGGUGAAAGACUUUAUAAAUGCUUUCAUUGUGAGAAGACAUUUAUUCAGUCAGGUUACUUAAAAAUCCAUCAGAGAGUUCACACUGGAGAGAAACCUUAAAACUGCUUGAUCUGUGGAAAGAGAUUCAGAACAUGCAUACCAAAGAAAAAAGUACACUGAAAUAAUUUGUUUUCACAAGUCACAUUUAAUCUUGUGUUUUUAUGAGAACUUGCGUCACUUUGAAAUCAUUAUUUGAGGCAUCAUUUGCUGACUGUCUGGAUGAUUCCAAUGUCUGUGUUUUGAAUAGUAUGUUGUUAAAAGUAAUUUGACAUUGUUUGUUUAAUGGUCUGGCAAGUGGUUAAUCUGAACUUCGGAACAAAUAUCUUGACAAAAAUAAAAAAUAUUUUGGCCAAUAAUGGGUAAAUGUUGGACAGAACACAUGCUGGGUUAAAAAUUACCCAAUGUUGGGUUUGUUGUUAUGCAACCAUGGGGUAUAAUAAACCAGAAGUGUGUUUUGUCCAAUAUUUACCCAUUAUGGGUAAAAAAUAAUCAAGUUGUUUUGAAAGUGUAAUGUCACAUCACAACUGAGUUUCUAGAGAAAGGAAGACUUUAUAAAAGGUUUUGAUUGGCCCAAUGUUGAUGACAAUCAAUAAAAAUUUAUCACAAA